AUGACCGGGCUGUACCCGCGUAGCCUUCGAUCGCUGGCCGCAGCCUCGGACACACCAUCGUUCACCAUCCUCCAGUUCAACGUGCUCGCCGAUGGGUUGAGCGGCCUCCGCGACGACCACGGUGGCUUUACGCUCGCACCGCCGGGGUCCUUGGCGUGGGCCCAUCGCCGGCAGCCUCUUCUCGAUGAGAUUCUGCGCUUUGCUCCCGACAUUGUGUGCUUGGAAGAAGUCGACCACUUUCACGAUUGGUUCGAGCCGCAGCUCGCCGCGCAUGGCUACACGGGCCUCUUUGCGCCCAAGCCCGACUCGCCAUGUUUGCAAGUCAGCGACCAGCGCGACGGCUGCGCCGUGUUUGUCAACGCUCGCUUUCGCGUCCUGCGCCACGACGUGCUCUCGUAUGCGUGCUACGUACCGCCGGAUACGACGACCCUCCAGCCACAAAAUCAAGUCGCGCUCCUCGUCGAGCUCGCGCUUCGCGACUCGCCGCACGAGGUGCUCGUUGCCUGCACGCACCUCAAGGCCGCCAAGGACGCGGCAGGUGAAGCGAUUCGGACCCAAGAAGCUGCCAUGCUUUGCCGUGCUCUCAGUGCCAAGCAGGGCGCUGGCCAUGCGAUUGUCGUGUGCGGCGACUUUAACGCAGUGCCGCAUCCGACGCCCGCGAUGCCAGCGACAACCUAUGCGACAAUGGUCAAGGACCACGGGUAUGCCAGCGCUUACUGCCAAGAGGGCCGUGAACCAGCGUACACGACGUGGAAGGUGCGUCCGGGCAAGGAAGCCAAACACACGAUCGACUAUAUUUUCUAUACGAGCUCGUCACUUGCCGUCACAGCGAUCGCGGAGAUGCCCGCGUCCAUUGAUGCGUGCCGUCUUCCGUCGCACCGCUACCCGUCCGAUCACAUGGCGCUCGUCGCGACGCUGCAAUGGACGUGA